AUGGCGUCAAGACUGGAUCUAGUGCAUCUGGCCGUAUUCUGCGCGUUCCUCUAUUUUGGGCCGCGCAUCCAAGAAUACGUUCAAGCAAGAGGUCGUCGCGAACAAUUGGAGCCUGCGCAAAAUGAUGCUGCGGUCGAGAAUGAUGACAUCGCCGAACAACAAGCUGGGGAUGGGCGAGAAGUAGAAGAUGAAGAAGUGGACGCUGCGCUGCCGCCAGCUCCUGCCGAUGGUCAACCAGGACCUGCAAACGGGCCGGCCAGACGACCUCAAGAACGUAACGUCAGCGCCAAGAAAGCAGCAUCUCUCGCCCGGAGAGACCAUAGACGGGCUGUCAAUGAGUUCAGGAUGGCCGAGAGAGAUCGACAGCGAGCAAAUGACGCCCAGGAGGCUGCGGAGCGAGAGCAGGAACUGGCACCAGAACGUGAGAGAAGGAAGGCAGCAGCAGCGGCCAUUGCUGAGAAGCAGGCGGAGGAGAGAGCUGGACGAAAGCGAAAGGAAGAAGCAGAGCGGCAAGCGGAGAUGCAGAGGCGGGACUUGGCGGUCGAGUUGGUGAAGAAGGAAUUGGAGGAGCGCAAAGCCUGCGACUUGCUCGACGUGGCGGAUCAGGUGGGCGGGGAUGUUGACGAGGUAUGGGUUGAGAAGAUGCUGAACGCCGCUGGGCUGUUGGGCAAGAAAGGUGAUGCUUUGACGAUGGUGACCGGUGGUGGGUGGGCGGUUCGGAUCGACGAAAGUGACAUGAUGAAGCUGUACGACGCGGCAAAGGAUACAAACCUUGGUGCAGGAAGCGAUGGUGUGGGCUUUGAGCAUUUGGGCAAGCUUUUAGAAGGCGUGAUCAGUGCGUGA